AUGUCAAAGCUCUUCAUAGGCGGUCUUGCGUGGCACACUGAUGACGCAACCCUGCGCCAGAAGUUCGAGGAGUUCGGCCAAGUUGAAGAGGCAGUAGUCGUCAAGGACCGCGACACUGGCCGCAGCAGGGGAUUCGGUUUCGUCCGUUUCGCCACCGAUGCCGAGGCCGACACUGCUAUGCAGAACAUGAACAACAUUGAAUUCGAUGGACGUACCAUCCGCGUCGACAAGGCUUCUGACCGUGCCGGUGGAGGUGGUGGAGGUGGUGGCCGCGGCGGCUUCGGAGGCGGCUACGGACGUGGAGGCGGCGGCGGUGGUGGUAGCUACGGCGGCGGCGGCAAUGGCUACGGUGGCGGCGGUGGCGGUCGUGGCUAUGGUGGUCAAUGGGGCCCCCCUGGUGGUCAGGGCGGUGGUUACCAAGGUCAAGGCGGCUACGGCGGCCAGGGCGGCCAGCGUCAAGGCUACGGCGACCAACAGCAGCAGCAGGGCGGCGGCGGCGGCCAGUGGUAA